AUGAUCCUUCUGACGCUGCUCAUCAGGCCUAUCAGCCCAGCAGAACCGUCAGAACCAUCUCAGAUACCCGGCCUGAUCGUCAUCUGCGGCCCACCGGACUUUCCACGGGUCAAUGUGUUCCCGAUCUAUGUUGUAUCGCGUCUGGCCAGCAGUGCAACAGAUUCAUUCUAUUCGGAGUAG